AUGACAACCAAGAAUAUUUCCCCAGCCUCAACGCCAGUGACCUAUAUCCUGCUCCAGACAUCUUCAGAAGCCCCCAAAUCCACCAUAUCUUCCAAGACCAACAAAUCCAAGGCACAGGACCCAGUCAGAAAUAUUUCCAAGCAGCUCCCAGAGAACUGUGGAUACUACCUUUCUGAACCUAAAAACUUCUACUGCCUGAACCUGUGUCUCCUUGCAACAGGGAAGCUUUUGGCUGCAGAGCCUCAGAUAUACGUCCCUAUCCCCAAGGCAACAGAAACCUAUAUCCCUGAGGAUCCUACAGCUAGGCUUCAACUGACAGAUCAGACAUGUGGGUUCAGAAAGCAUAUCAACCCAGCCCGGGGCCCUCCUAGGAAUGCACCCACUAUGUCAGUCAUGAAGACACCCUCUGCAGAUGCCUUGAAGGUACCCUCUAUAUCAGUCAUGAAGACACCCUCUGCAGAUUCCAUGAAGGUACCCUCUGCAUCAGUCAUGAAGACACCUUCUGUAGAUUCCAUGAAGGUACCCUCUGUAACAACCAUGAAGACACCUUCUGCAGUUUCCAUGAAGGUACCCUCUGUAACAAUUAAGGAGACACCUUCUGUGGAUACCAUGAAGGUACCCUCUGUAACAAUCAUGAAGACACCCUCUGCAGAUGCCUUGAAGGUGCCCACUGCAUCAAUCUUGAAGACACCCUCUGCAGAUGUCAUGAAAGUAUCCUCUUCAGCGAUUGUGAAGGCAUCCUCUUCAGUGGUUUCAAAACAAUCCUCUGCAGGGGCCAUGAAGCCAAGGACCAAGACUCAACCAAAGAACCAAAAGAAACAAGAUAAAGAAAAACAUUGUCUCUGUCUUGACCUGGUGCUUGUCAACCCAAGCCCGUCAGCUCCAGGCAUCCAACAUUUCCCUAUUCCAGAAGCCACAGAGGUCACCAUAUCAGGAGCCCAUGUUAUUUGUUGA